AUGGAAGUUGGAGAACCUCCCGUUGCCGAGAGCCAAGACUAUGCGCUACGGUUCGAGGAUUUGACCGUUGAUGAUGAUUUACCAUUGACCGAUCGGAUCGCCCGUUACUGUCGUUCGGGGAUUGCCUUACAGAGACUGGUUCAUGUCAAAAUGUUGGCGGAAACUUCCGAAGUGAUUGGAACAAGAAUGACAAUCGCCGCAUUGAUUCCUCUUUUACCGCAGCUUGUUGUAGAUCAAGAGAGUGUAAUUCGGCAACAUUUAGCAUCACAGAUACUGCCAUUGGCAUUGGUAUCCAUGGUUACAAAUGUGGGUCAUGGUCAACCGUACAAGGUUUCACAAAUGCUCGAGGAUAGAUCGAUUCGAAAAGUCUAUGACUCGCAAGGAUACGAAAUUGUCACGACCGCAGUUGUUGGAUAUCUUAAUAAGUUAAUACAAGAUCCAGAUGUCGAUGUUCGGAGGUCCGCAUCUGAUUCCUUGGCUGGAUUGGCCAUGCAAGUUCGAAAAGACGACAUUGCCAAAGCAAUUCUUCCGAUACCACUCCAAUUGGCGAUGUCACCGAAAUCAUCAAAGAGACAACUGUCACCUGAACAAGAAAGUCAUAUGGAGGAAUUGAGAAUCACAGCGGCAAACUUGUUGGCGGAGUUGGGUGGUGCUGCCGAAAAAGAUGGGGUUCCGGUCAAUGUAGUUCGCGAAUCAAUCUUGCCAGCUGUUCUUUCCUUGUGCGAUGAUCCUGGUUUCAGAGCGCGAAGGGCAGCUGCACAGGCUUUGCCUCGGGUGUUGGCUGGAACAACAAUGGCAGAUGCCAAAUCUACAGUACUGCCAGCGUUUGAAGUUCUCAGCAAGGAUGAGGUGUACAGAGUUAGAAAAAGUACGGGUGAAUGCUUGGUAGAUAUGAGCCGAUCCAUGAUGAUUAUAGCGAGCAAAGAACGAGACCCUGCUGCAGUCAAUGCGCUGAGACGCAAUUCGCUCAUUCCAAUUGCGGAGUCUCUCUUGGUGGAUACCAACAAGUUUGUGAGACACGGAAUGAUGCAAUUUUUGGGGCCAUUUUUGGCGUCAUUUUAUCCAUUUGUUGAUUCUGCUUUGUAUACUAUCUUGCCUGGAAGCUCAGAGUCUGAUGGAAGCAAUCAUUCCGGCAUCGUUGCACAAUUCUUCCCACAUGCCAGUAGUAUGGUUAGUCGGUUAAAUUCAUCAGCUGCCGCAACAACGAGUGCACCAACGCCAACUUUGGCAUCAAUCAACACAGAAACUGAAACACCGUUGAUAAAGGAACUGCAAAAGGCUCUGCCCCAAUUUAUUGGAGCAAGUCGAUCCUCAGCAGUUUCCUUAAAGGCUGUAGUAUCGCACCGGCAAAAGUACCGUCCAGAUCCAGAAGACAUCAAAGCAAUUGUUGGAAGACUUCUGCAUCACUUCACGGGGUUGGCAAAGGUUAUAACGGGAGACGAAAACACUGACGCUGAAAUGAGGGUGUACUGCGCAUAUUCCUAUCCAGCAGUGGUUCUAUUGCUCGGUCCAGAGAAUUGGGAAGGGCAAUUGAAGGACUGCUUCAAGACUCUUCUGAAUCCAAACUAUGGCUUGGGUGAAAAGGCUGAAACGGCAAUACCUCCACUCCCAGUCAAGCGGUGUCUAGCCUCUAGUCUGCACACGGUAGCACAUAUUUUGGGCCCACGAAUCUCUGCGUUUGAUAUUAUGCCAAUCUUCCGCGACUUCUUCCUUCGGGAUACGGAUGAAUCGGUUAGAUUGAACAUGAUUCGAAACUUCCCUACUUUAUUGUCACUUUUGGAUCCAGCCACGCGUCAACAGUAUCUGAUAUUAUGGUGCGAAAUGAUUCAGGGCGACGAAGUUCUCGGUGCUUUGAAGAGAAGUGCUACAAAUCCUUUGGUUUUGAACUGGAGGCAGAGAAACUGUGUAUCAAGAAGCAUUGCCGACAUUUUGGUGAUGAUGGACGCAGUAUUCGUUCACACGUAUCUAUGGCCGAUUCUGAAGCUUGUUCUGACUGACUCCAUUAGUCUGGUACGAGAUGAUGCCAUCUGGGCUAUUCCAAUUUUGCUCAAGGCACUGUGCUCGGAAAAUGUCAUUAUGGAUAAAACUGGUGGGGAUGCGAUGAGAUCGAAAGAGAGGUGGAGUGCAAAUGCUUGCCAAGAAGUCAUCCAUUGGCUGUGGGAAUCUAUCCUAAAAAUGACACCGUCAAAGAGUACUGGGAAACUUACAUCAAAUGGGAGAAAUAGCAACUUUAGUCAACGCCAACUGUACUGUCAGAUCUGCACAGCACUUGCUUUGGCUAUACAAUUCGGCGACGGCUUGAAAGAUCCAGAUGAUCCGGUUUUGGAGCUCGAAAACAAGUUUUCAACGCAUCUCUCGGCACAAGAUAUCACAGAAUAUGGUCCCUAUCGAAGGUUGUCCGAUUCUGAAAGGUCUCAUUUGGUCGGUUUACUCGCCAACGACAUGCUACCUGUUGCGAUUAACUUUAAGGACGACGGCGUUACAAAUGUUCGUCGAUCGCUUCUCAAGACUCUUCAUUUGAUGCCCCACGAUUUCACACACUUCCCUGCGUUCCAAGAAGCCACGAGUGUAUUAGAGGAAGAAGUACAAACUUGGGAGAGUUUCGACGGCAUGCAGCAAAACAACCCGCCUGCUCCACCUGUCCCAGCGCAGAAGGCAAGAGCAGUAGUGCCAGCCCAGCACCAAGAGUACCAAAAUGGAGUGUCCUCUGAUGAGAAGACCAGAGUAGAUGUCCACGAUGAUGGAAAAGGAGGUAAAAAGAAAUCCUCAAAAGGCAGGCGAAAAGAGCAGACAUCAGAAACUGGGUUUGUAACACAUAAUCUGGCUAGCAUAUAA